ACGAAAAAUUUUUCAUAUUGCUACCGCCCUUCGAGCAGAGCAGUUCGUUAUGCUCGUGGCAAAGGACCAAAUUCUCCAGACGAACAUCGUGUUUAGCCAACGGCAGCGUUCAGAAGCAUAAUUGAGACGACGUACUAGCGACGUGGUGCGCAAAAAUGGACGUAAGUGAAUCUCAAGUGGCCGAAAUUCGGCUUGAAAAUGUCGUCAACGACAGGACUAUGGACGGUGUCCAUUUUGUAAGAAGCGAGCUGGCGACCGCAGCGACGCCGCCGACUAGUGCGGCCGAGUUCGGAAGCAAACAGGCCGACUCUAGCGGCGGGAAAGUGGAGAGGAAGGCAGAGGCCGACGGCGAAGACUCGACCCCCAGUGACAACCCCAAGCCGCAGGGCGAUGACUCUGCCACCCCCGGAGGCAGUGGAGGCAGCCGUGCCAACCGGAAGCGGAAACGGACGCGCAGAAAUCGGCGCAACAAGAAGAAACUGGAGCCGUAUUCGAAAAGUUCUUGGCCCGAGAGGGAACCGCAGCGGGCCAACAAGAUCCGGGAACGCAUGUUCCUGUCCGGACAGCCCGUGGCGCCGUACAACACGACGCAGUUUCUCAUCGAGGACCACAACGAGAGCAUCGAGAUCGACAUGAAAGAGCACAACGCGGCGCCACACCACGUUCCACGGCACAAGAGGGCCCGGGACUCGAGUUUCAGCUACGACUCCGAAGAGGACUUUUACUAUUCCUCGCCCGAGGACGAGGAGGAGUAUUACUUGAAGGACUUCGCCAACACCUACGACAGCCUCCACUCGGACCAGUUGCAGUCGCAGACCAAGACCAAGUUGGUGCAGGACGUGCUGGCCCUGGAGAAAAGGGUCGAGGGUCUGCAGAAGGAGCUGACCGAGCUGAAGGGCCGCUGCGACGCCAGCGGCGAGGACAAGGUGCUCCUCUACAAGGCCGAGAUCACCAAGCUCUCCGAGGAGAACAACAGACUGCGGGCCGAGAACGAGUGUCUGCGGCGCAAGUGCGUCCCGACGGACGUGCCCAUGGCCGCCGAGCCCUCGGCCGCCCUCAGGAGGGUCUCGACGGAGGAAGAUUCCUCGAUGGACUCUGAGAGCGACUCGCACACUUCCACUGGCAGCAGCAGCAGUUCCGAAGCCGAGGACGUCCAGCAGGAGGCCCCUUGCCAGAGGGACGAGGUCGCCCCCCAGGUCGGAGGAGCUGAGCAGUGAGCGCAAAAAUGGUAAAGUACAUAUUGGAUGAUCGCGUCUUCGACUUCUGUUAGAGUGAUCUGAAUGUAGAUAAGCGAGUGCGAACGAUCGAGAAAGAACUCUAGAGAGAAAAAGUGUAGCACACGCAAACGUGUAAAAAUUGAUAAAUAUGAACAUCUUGUCGGCAUCUUUAUGAACUCUCACACUCCUCUUUUCAUUUCGCGUUGCAUUGCAAAAUUAAGGUGAUCAACUUUUUCAAAUAUAGGAAAUUUGAUUAUAAUAUGGUAUAUAUUUUCCAGACGUAAUAAACAAAGAAAAUGAAAAACAAGGACUGCGACUGAUAAUAUUUAAGUGUAAUUUUACAGUUAAUGAACAACUGUUGAUGAUAAGCUCCGAGAUUCGGUCAAAAUUCGUAAACGAUUCACACGGUUAUAGUCCUUGUUUGAAAUAGCUUGUUACUUUUCUGAUUGGUUGCAAAUUAAAUAAUUACCCUUCGUUUGUGUCUCAAAGGUACAAAAUCAUCUUCGCUGCUUCUUGCCAGAGCAGCUUCAGCUUUAAAAUUGUAAGGCUUUAAGCAAGACUAAUUACAAUUUUAAGUUCCAACUUGAGGCGUUUCAUUGAAGUCAAGAAAAAAUUUAUAUAAAUAUACUUUUGAGAUUUUUUCUUUUCGGACCAAUUGAAUGCUUCUUUGAUUAUUUUGUGUUUACACUUGUUUAUUAUCCUGGAAAAGAGAUUCAGAGACUUUCAAUUUUUGUUUCCAUCUAUAUCUCUCUUUAUAUUAUAUUGUUGCUACUUCAAACACCUCUGCAACUAGAACAUUUUCAUAUGUUUUGCCACAAAAAUUGACAAUUUUUUUGUAUAAUAAAUGUGUAUUCUUUAAUUUUUUGGAAGCAAUAAAACGCUUUAAACCUUAUAAAUGCAGAAACUUUGUGCCGAGCUAGAUUAAAUUGGUAAAUUAGCAGCUAGUGGAAAGCAUAAUUGUCCAUUUUCCUAGCCUAAUUGACCUUUUUAAUUAAU